CAGGCCGGCCCCAGGCUGGCCUCCCUGGUCAGGACUACGCUGGGAUCCCGCGCCCCACUGUACUCUGGGCAAAAGGAAGCUGGCCCAAGGCCUAGGCGCCUGCCUCCUCCCGUUAGAAAAUGUCUCUUCCUCUCUACCAAAGCACCCUGACCCUUGAAAGCAUGCGGUAUUUCUUUCAGUCACCACCAACCCACGAACUGGAACAUUCAUAGUAAAUUUCUCCAUCUAUAGGCUCCUUCCCACCCCAUCUCCCUGCCAAUACCCCGCGUGCACGCACCAGCAUCUGCAUUCUAGUGUUUAUCCUUUCCUUCCUUACCGUUUUAAGACAUAGGUUUAUCAGGUGUGGACUUAAUUCCUUUAUUCAUUGAUUAUCAGGUAUAUACUUAAUUCCUUUAUUCAGUGACUAUCAGCUUUCCCUGCACCAAACAGCUGUGUUGCCAUGGCAAAAGCAAAUUCCAUGCCUUCAGAGAACUUACUUUCUUUUGGAGGUGGUCAGUAGCCAAGUAGACAAGAAGCAAGAAAGCAAGUAUGCUGGCAAGAAUGUUCUGGAAAAAGAUAGGAAGGAAAUUUUAAGAAACAAAAAAAUACUGGCCAGGCGCAGUGGCUCACACCUGUAAUCCCAGCACUUUGGGAGGCCGAGGUGGGCAGAUCAUGAGGUCAAGAGAUCGAGACCAUCCUGGACAACAUGGUGAAACUCUGUCUCUACUAAAAAUACAAAAAUUAGCCAGGCAUGUUGGCAUUCACCUGUAAUCCCAGCUACUUGGGAGGCUGAGGCAGGAGACUCGCCUGGACCCGGGAGGCAGAGGUUGCAGUGAGGUGAGAUUGCACCACUGCACUCUAACCUGGGUGACAGAGCGAGACUCAGUCUCCAAACAAACAAACAAACAAAAAAUACAAAUCAAUGUGUGAGAGUAAAGAGAGGAGAGCUAUGGGCUACUUCAGACAGGGCAGGGAAGGUUAGGGCAGGUGAUACUUGAGCCAACCUGCAGUGUGAGGAAUCCUCCCUGGGAAGAGCAUUCCAGGCAGCAGGAACAGCAAGUGCAAAGGCCCUGAGGAAGGAAGGAUCAUGCUGUGUUCCAGGAAGCGAUGGGAGACUGUGGGGUUGGGGUGGAAGGAGGUGAGGUGAAAGAUGGGACGGGCUAGGUCACACUCUGUCUAUGUGCCAGACACUUGCACAACCAGGGUAAAGAAAACCAGACAUCUGCCAGUGGUCUUUCACACUUGGCUGUCCUCUCUGUCCCCAUGCAUCUGCCUUGGUUCAGGACUUCACAUCCUGAAUGUUGGCCCCGGCUUUCUCAGCGGUCUUCCUCCCUCCUGUCUCUCUCCCUCACGUCCAGUUUCUGCAUCUAUCACAGAGUGAGCAGGUGACCCCUGCUUAAAUCCCUUGAUCCUUAGGAUGAAAGGGGAGCUCCUUAGCUUGAUGCAACAAUUCACAGUCCCCCGAGGGGCCUCACCCCCACCCACCAGUAGGUUGGUGAUUCAACUGAACCAUUUCAUGAGCACCUACUGUAUUUAGGUACAGUGCUAGGCUCUCUGGGGAAAAAAAAAUAGCUAAGGGAACAAAACAGAUACAGUCCACCCUUUGUAUGGCCUCGAGUCAAAUGUGGGAGAUGUGAACCGAACAACCAGGUUAAUCAACAUUAGGCUGCAGCUGAGACAUCUGAGGAUGGAGGAUAACUAUAUUCUGAGGCUAAUGCAAGAGAGAUCUGAAGCAGUCUGGAUUGGGGAUGGGGUCAGGGAUGGUUUUCCCGAGAAAAAGGUGAGGAAUGAUCUGCCUCUGGGGUCCGAGGCUUUCCAGAUCCAGGGAACAAGAUGUGCACUUUCAAGGAAGCAAAGCAGGCUUUGGAGGAACUGGAGGAAGGCCAAUGUGACUGGAGCACGGAGAAGCAGAAAGUGUGGCUCAGGAGAAGUCUGGAGAGUGCCGGACCCUGGAAAUACAGCUGUCGUCCACACUGGUGAGAAACCCUAUUGCUGCCUGGUCUGCGAGCUCCGCUUCUCCUCACGCUCCAGCCUGGGCCGCCACCUCAAGCGCCAGCACCGUGGGGUUCUCCCCUCUCCCCUGCAGCCCGGCCCUGGCCUGCCCGCCUUGAGUGCGCCCUGCUCCGUCUGCUGCAAUGUGGGGCCCUGCUCGGUGUGCGGGGGCGCAGGGGCCGGCGGCGGAGAGGGCCCCGAGGGGGCAGGCGCGGGUCUGGGCAGCUGGGGGCUGGCAGAGGCUGCAGCUGCGGCCGCGGCCUCCUUGCCCCCAUUUGCGUGCGGCGCCUGCGCGCGGCGCUUCGACCACGGCCGUGAGCUGGCGGCCCACUGGGCGGCGCACACCGACGUGAAGCCCUUCAAGUGCCCGCGCUGCGAGCGCGACUUCAACGCGCCGGCGCUGCUGGAGCGGCACAAGCUGACGCACGACCUGCAGGGCCCGGGCGCGCCCCCAGCGCAGGCCUGGGCCGCGGGGGCAGGCGCAGGGCCCGAGACGGCGGGCGAAGGCACCGCUGCGGAGGCGGGCGACACUCCUCAGGCUUCGGACGGCAGGCUGCUCCUGGGCCCCGCGCGGGGCGGCGUGCCCAAGCUCGGGGGGCUGCUCCCUGAGGGCGGUGGGGAGGCGCCUGCACCUGCGGCGGCCGCCGAGCCCUCGGAAGACACCCUGUACCAGUGCGACUGCGGGACCUUCUUCGCGUCGGCCGCGGCCCUGGCCAGCCACCUGGAGGCCCAUUCGGGCCCGGCCACCUACGGCUGCGGCCACUGCGGGGCUCUGUACGCGGCGCUGGCCGCCUUGGAAGAGCACCGGCGGGUCAGCCACGGCGAGGGCGGCGGGGAGGAGGCGGCGGCCGCGGCCCGGGAAAGGGAGCCGGCGUCCGGGGAACCCCCGUCUGGCUCCGGCCGCGGCAAGAAGAUCUUCGGCUGCUCCGAGUGCGAGAAGCUGUUCCGCUCGCCGCGAGACCUGGAGCGGCACGUGCUGGUGCACACUGGCGAGAAGCCGUUCCCGUGCCUGGAGUGCGGCAAGUUCUUCCGCCACGAGUGCUACCUCAAGCGCCACCGGCUGCUGCACGGCACCGAGCGGCCCUUCCCUUGCCACAUCUGCGGCAAGGGCUUCAUCACGCUCAGCAACCUCUCCAGGCACCUGAAGCUGCACCGGGGCAUGGACUGACUGCCAGGCUGCGCCCUGCCCUCCACCCAUCCACCUGGACUCGGCCUGGACCAGGGGACCUCGGGACUGCGAGUGAGGCCCCGGCCCUCCAAAUCGAAAUCCAGACGCAGGCCCUGAAAUGAGGGGACCCUGACUGGAGAGGUAGGGGCCACCAAAAACCCACACAGGCCCCGGAGCUGGGGGACCACAAACAGGGUCCUUAGCUGGGGCAGGGAAGCCCAAAUCUAAGGAGAGACUCCUGAGCCUGAGGUCCCUGGAAUGAGUGUGGGUAGCCCUAGGUCCCCAAGACAUGGGGACUUUGCAGUGAGCAAUGGGUCUCCCACAAGUACCUCUCAUCUUGAGAGCCCUAAUAAUAAAAGAUGGGCACCCACCCCCACCAAGGGAAGACUGCCCCAUUCCCUGAGAGCCAUCAUUCCCAACAACCUUGAUCUGGAGAAUGUGGAGGGAGCAUGUCCCUGAAUUUUCCUAGAUCCCUCCAAAUGCCACCCACCAGAGUCACUGGUGACCCCAGAAAAUGGAUAUAGCCGAAGUCUGCCUUUCCCCUUCUUCAUUCCCUGUGCUGAAAGAGGGACCAGGGUAGAUGCCCCCUGCCCUCGAACCCCCCUCCCCGACUGUGGAAUGGAUCGACCCUAACGAUCUUCCCAACCCCAAACACUAGAAUAGACUAGCCUGAAAUCCCCUUGCCCAGUAGGAUGGACUGAUCUAUAUGCACACACCCCCAUCACAGGGAAUGGGCUGGUCUAGGCUGUGGCCUGCCACCUUCCUUAGAGUGAAUAGGGCAGACACUCCCCUCUUUUCCUGUAGCGUGUGGACCGGUCCACGCCAUUCUUUAUCCUGUGAACUCAUCUGAGUGGGAGGUGGCGUACACUGGGGUUUCCCUCCCUCUCUCCGUAGCAUCCGUUGGUCUUUCUCUCCAUCUCUGUUGGUUUGUCUGUCUCUGUCUUCCUUCCAAUUCCUAGGGGAAGGCGGCACUUGGCUAGGGGGUGCCCCUAUGAGCCUCGACCUUGCCCCCUCGUCCCUCUCCCCAAUGUUUCCAGGACCCCCAAUAAACCUUGUCCUGUCAGUCGCUGA